AUGAAGUUCCUAACAUGGAACGUCAGGGGCUACAAUACCCCUAACAAGAGACGUCUGAUCAAAAGAGGAUUUGAUCAGGUUAAGCUGGAAGUUAUUUGCAUUCAAGAAACUAAGUUAGGACGAGAUGAUGCAGCUAGAGUUUUUGGUGUAAGGCAGAGGUGGUUUGGAUCUUUUGUGGAAUUAGAGGGGGCUUCAGGAGGGCUUGGCAUUUUUUGGAAUCCAUUGGCUAUUCAGAUGGAUGUAGUCUCAUGCUCUAAACAUUGGCAAAUGGUAAAGGUGAACUCAAAGAUCAUGAACUUUUCCUGUUUUCUUAUCAAUGUCUAUGGGCCCACUUUGGCUAUGGAUAAGUGUCGACUAUGGGAGGAUAUUACAAAGCUUUUAACGAAGGUGAGGCCAACUUUAGCUAUUGUUGCUGGGGAUUUCAACGCCACUCUUUCUUUCUCAGAUAAGCGUGGAGGGGUGGGAAGGAUGUGCAGGACGCAAUCGGACUUUCAAUCUUUUGUGAAUUCUAACACCCUUUUUGAAGUGGUUGCUAAAGGUGGGAAUUUUACUUGGACUAACAGACAAAGGAUAUUUUCAAACAUUGCGGAGAAACUAGAUAGAUUCUUCCUUGUAGGGGAUUGGAACUUGGCCCCCUUGGUCUUUGGGGCAGAAGUUUUAGCAAUUUCAGGAUCGGACCACUUCUCGGUCUCUUUGGUUGUGCAAAAAGAUGAAUUUCUGCUUUGGUGUCCUUUGAAGGUGGAAAAGAUGUGGUUAAGGGAGCUGGGUUUUAGAGAUCAUGUAGUUGGUUGGUGGAAGGAGGCACCGGUGGUGGAAGGUUUCUUGGCCUUUUGGUUUUUCAAGAAGCUUAGUUUUGUGAAACAGAAAUUGAAAUCUUGGAACAGGGAGGUGUUUGGCAAUAUCUUCGACGAAAAGAGAAGGAUUGAAGGGAAUUUGGGGGCUUUGAAUGCGAAAGUCUUGGCAGAAGGGAUGGAUGAAGUGGAUUAUUUCACUGAGAAAUAUCUACUUAGUAAAUAUGGAGAAGUAUUGCAGAGGGAGGAGAUUUACUAG